UCUUCUUCACACUCAGCGCAGCGGUCUUUGACUUUGAAACAUGGCUGCCUUUAGGGAAACACCAUAAUACUGCAUCCUACAAUGUUCCUUCCACCUUCAUCAUAUAUUUCUCACAAGAGCGGUCGUUUAUUAGUUUGACCAGACAUGUCGGAUAAAGAGGCCGGUAUGGGAAAGGAGAGUCCCGGGGAGAAGGGUUACAGGACCCCCGGGCUGAGGGGCACGCAGACCACAACCAUGUUCCGAGCCUUCAACCCCGAACUGUUCAUCAAGCCGAACAAACCGGUGAUGGCGUUUGGACUGGUGAGCAUCACGCUGUGUGUGGGGUACCUGGGAUACAUGCACGCCAUGAAGGAGAACGACCAGCAGCUGUACGAGGUCAUCGACAGCUAGGGAGAGAAGUACAUGAGGAGGAAGACUUCCAAAUGGGACUGACAACAAAUGAUCAAAGUGUGGGUGUGUGUAUACUAUGAGAAGAACAUUGUAAAUUAAACUGGAUUUAAACAAG